UGACUAGCGACAAAGCAUCAAUUGUGGGGCUUUUUGUUGGCAAACAAAGACGUGAGCAAAUGUGUUUUGCGAACAUUGACGCUAUGAGUUAAGUUAAUGAGGAGCUGAAUUAAACUCGACUCAAUUAUGAAAUGUAUUUAAAGUGUGAUGAGAGAAAGCCUGACCUCCCCCACCCCAGAUAAAGAUAGAGUUGGCUUGUUGUUAGCUGGCUCGGCUAAACAAACCCCGCUAGCCCGCGCUGAUCUUUUUAUAGCAGAAAGGGGGAGCCAGAGACUUACAGCAGACCGACAACCAACCUCUCAUCCCAACAACAGUCCCCUUAUUUUUUCUUCUUUGAAGUUACCCCAAGCUAAGGAUUGAGUGAGAUGUGAGGGAUGGUCAGUGUAUAAAUAUCUCUUUGGAACUCUGUGUGCGUAAGACUUCUGUGCCCAGCCGUCAGUAUGAAUGGGGACAUGCCACAUGUGCCCAUCACAUCCCUUGCUGGGAUCGCUGGUCUCACUGACUUAUUGAACCAGCUGCCCCUGCCCUCCCCUUUACCGGGCACCACCACUAAGAGCCUGCUGUACAGCGGGCAUGUAGCUGAGGAAGUGGGCCACCUUAUGGGCUGCAGGGAUGAAACUCUGGUCUCUCAGCUCGCCAAUGGCCUCAGCCAGGUCUCCAUGGAGCACAUAGAGCUGAAGGACAGCCUUGGCAGUGAUGAGUUGGAGGGAGAUGUACCAGUUCUGCUGCAGCUUUUGCUGUCUAGGAACCCCAACAUCUUCAGGAAUAAGACCGCGCCCAGCAUUCCCCAGUAUGCGGACCAGGCGGGUAUAAGUCAGCAGUCAAUGGCAUCGCCGUAUAAAAUCACGCAUGGCUCCAUGCAGGGAAGUCCAGCUUCUGCUAAUUACCAGGCCUCUAUGUCCCACAGCCCCUCUGGGCGUUUUGUGCCGGGACAGUCUGGUUCUGGUGGACGGUUUUUGCCUCAGCAGAGCAGCCCAGUGCCCAGCCCUUAUGCCCCUCAGAGCCCUGCUACCAGCUACAGACAGUAUCCACACCCUCCAGCCUACAGUCAACACCAGCACCUACAGCAAGGUUCAGUAGCAAGCCCGAUGAUUCCAGGAGGCAUGAGAAAUGUUCACGAGAAUAAGGAUCAGAUGAGGGCGGGUUUCACGUCUCACAUACUGCAGUCAUCUCCACCUUACACUCCACCUUGCGAUGGGACUCAAGAAUUGCAUCUGGGCUCCCCGGACAAGCAGCGCGGUCUGAAGCCCAAUGAGGGAGAGCGGGACUCGGCCGAUAAGGCUGCGGUGUAUGAUAUUGUGGGCUCGCCGACGAAAGACCCCACUAAGCUGAUCCUGAGGCAGUCACGGGCCAGGCCAGCAGAGGUGGAGCUUGGGGGAAUGUACCCCGGUUCGGACCCAGAAGGAGAACUUGUAGAGGCUCUUGCCGCAAUAGAAAGGAUGGAAAGUGAAGCGGCCAUGGAAACGGAGCGUGGUGCUAAAGAGGUUCAGGAUAAAGAUAAGCCUUUGAAGAAGCGCAAACAGGACUCUCACCCUCAGGAGCCUGGCGCAGCUGGCACAGCUGGUUCAGGAUCUGGGGCUCCAGGUGGAGGAGGAGGGGCUAACGCAGGGCACAGGCUCGCCCCUCAGGAGGCCAGCGCCGCAGGCACCAGCGCCAGCCGCCCAGGCCUGCAAGUGAGCUUGGAGCAAGCGGGCAGAGCGGAGGACGCCUGCAUGGGCAUGCCCAUCCCAGCCAGCGAGGCUCAGCGCUGGCCUCAGGAGCCGCAGGAGGGCGUCACACCGAAGGCCCUCAGACACAAGCAUGACCACGCUCCAGAACACCAGCAUCAGCCCGAUACCCCGCGGCAGAAGCACAGACCCGAGGUUCGGCACGGUGAUGCAGGCACGCAGCGUGCGGCUCAGUCGGGGAGUAAACCAGUAGAGCUUCCUCCGUACAUGCUGGGUGAAAACACCAGUUCGGGAGUGCUUAAAAACUUCACCAUUCCCAAAAUCAGGAAAGAUCUCGGAGGAGGAGAUAUUCCAGAAGGCUGGAAGCAGCCAUGUGUGCGGCUGGAGAGACUGGAACCUGAGAUGGACGUGAAGAAGACUGUCAAGCCUGUGGUCGUUCUGCAGAAACUCUCCAUCGAUGAAGUGCAGAGGCUCAUGAGGGAGAGAGACUCUCGCGGCUCCAAGUCUGGCAAGAACAGGCUGUCCUCUGGGAGAUCUGGGAAAGGUGGAAUAGACCCGUCAGUGCUGAAGGAUCUUCCUCCUGAGCUGCUGGCAGAGAUAGAAUCCACCAUGCCUCUGUGUGAGCGGGUGAAGAUGAACAAACGCAAACGCAGCACUGUCAAUGAGAGGCCUAAAUAUGCGGAGGACAGCUCAGAGGAUGAGAAAUACUCAUCUCGUAAACGUCAGAAGAAGGAUCGUGAUAGAACGUGGGAUUAUGAGGAGCGCGAUCGGAGGAGUUCAGGAGAGCAUCGAAGAGGAAGCUACGAGGCACGUAGAGGCUCAGGCAGCCGAUACGACGAAUCUGACCAAGAUUCACCUCCUCCCAGCCUUAGUGACGUUGCAAGACGUUUGAAGACGAAGGAGAAACAGAAGAAGAGGAAAGCGUAUGAGCCCAAGUUAACACCUGAAGAAAUGAUGGACUCUUCCACUUUUAAGAGGUUCUCAUUGAGUAUUGACAACAUCUUGGAGAAUCUUGAGGAUAUGGACUUUAAUGCUCAGGAUGACGAUGAGAUCCCUCAGGAGCUGUUGUUGGGGAAACAGCAGCUAAGUGAAUUGGGUAGUGAAUCUGCUAAGAUAAAAGCCAUGGGCAUCACCUGCAGGGUAAGAGAUACAUCACUGUAUACUGCCUCUUUUAUGUGGUUGUUUAAAAACCCAGUGAAAUCCUACUAUCUCAUCAUGGAGCGUGUAACCAAAUCAGCGGAUGCGUGUCUGACAGCACUGAACAUCAUGACAUCAUCACACAUGCCCAAAGCCGUGUACAUUGAGGACGUGAUAGAGAGAGUUCUGCAGUACACUAAGUUCCACCUGCAAAACACUCUUUACCCGCAGUAUGAUCCAGUCUACAGAAUCGACCCUAAAGGAGGUUCCUUGCUGAGCUCCAAAGCAAAGCGAGCCAAGUGCUCCACCGCCAAGCAGAGAGUCAUCAUCAUGCUCUAUAACAAAGUGUGUGACGUCGUCAGCAACAUCUCAGAGCUUCUGGAAAUUCAGCUGUUGACUGAUACAACAAUAUUGCAGGUCUCUUCGAUGGGCAUCACUCCGUUCUUUGUGGAGAAUGUCAGUGAGCUGCAGCUGUGCGCCAUAAAGCUGGUGACGGCGGUCUUCUCUCGUUACGAGAAGCAUAGACAGUUAAUUCUAGAGGAGAUUUUUACCUCUUUGGCCAGACUGCCCACCAGCAAACGCAGCCUCAGGAACUUCAGGUUGAACAGUAGUGAUGCUGAGGGGGAGCCCAUAUACAUUCAGAUGGUUAGUGCUCUGGUGCUGCAGCUAAUUCAGUGCGUGGUCCAUCUGCCCUCUGAGAAAGACUCUGAAGAUGAUCAUAAGAAGGUUGACGACGAUGUGUUCAUCACCAACUCGUAUGAAACGGCUAGACGGACGGCUCAGAACUUCCUCUCUGUCUUCCUCAAGAAGUGUGGCAGUAAACAGGGUGAGGAAGACUACAGGCCGCUGUUUGAGAAUUUUGUGCAGGAUCUGCUGUCUACAGUCAACAAACCCGAGUGGCCCGCUUCGGAAUUACUGCUGAGCCUGCUGGGCAGAUUACUGGUGCACCAAUUCAGUAACAAGCAGACAGAGAUGGCACUGCGAGUGGCAUCACUGGAUUAUCUGGGUACCGUAGCAGCCAGAUUGAGGAAAGAUUCCGUCACCAGCAGGAUGGACCAGAAAGCCAUCGACUGCAUCAUCAGAGAGAGCUCAGAGGGAGACGAGACUCAGCGGUUGCAGAAAGCCUUAUUGGGUUAUAUGGAUGAGAAUGCAGAAACAGACCCUGCGCUCACAGUGAGUCCAGCUCAGAUGCUCUUCAUAUCCUCUGGCCUUUAUUCUGAUAUGCAGCGUGGUGUUCACGGCCGGUUGAUGGAUAACUCCACCAGUGUGAGGGAAGCGGCGGUCGAGCUGCUGGGACGGUUUGUGUUGAGUCGACCUCAGCUGACCGAGCAGUACUAUGACAUGCUCAUCGAGAGGAUACUGGACACCGGUAUCAGUGUGAGGAAGAGGGUGAUCAAGAUUCUGAGAGACAUCUGUUUAGAGCAGCCCAACUUCAGUAAGAUCACAGAGAUGUGCGUGAAGAUGAUCCGCAGGGUCAAUGACGAGGAGGGCAUCAAGAAACUGGUGAAUGAAACAUUCCAGAAGCUGUGGUUUACGCCCACAGCCAGCCACGACAAAGAGACAAUGAAUAGGAAGAUUCUCAACAUCACUGAUGUGGUUGCUGCCUGUAAGGACACUGGCUAUGACUGGUUUGAGCAGCUCCUGCAGAACCUAUUAAAGUCAGAGGAGGACUCGUCCUAUAAGCCAGCCAGGAAGGCCUGUGUUCAGUUGGUGGACAAUCUUGUGGAGUACAUCCUCAAAUACGAGGAGGCACUUGCAGAGCACAAGAGUGUGAACUCAACGCGGUUGGUCGCGUGCAUCACCACACUGUAUCUGUUCAGUAAGAUCAGAGCGCAGCUGAUGGUCAAGCAUACCAUGACUAUGCAGCCCUACCUCACCACCAAGUGCAGUUCUCAAAGUGACUUCAUGGUGAUUUGUAACGUUGCUAAGAUCCUGGAGCUUGUGGUUCCUCUGAUGGAUCACCCCAGCGAGAGCUUCCUGACCACCAUUGAGGAAGACCUGAUGAAGCUCAUCUUAAAAUAUGGGAUGACCGUUGUCCAGUACUGUGUGAGCUGUUUGGGUGCGAUAGUGAAUAAAGUGACUCGUAAUUAUAAGUUUGUAUGGGCCUGUUUUAACCGUUAUUAUGGGGCUCUGACUAAGCUAAAGCUACAGCAUCAGGAGGGUACGAACCACAUGGCACUGGCUGCCACCAAAGCAGCCCUGCUCAGAUCUCUCUUCACCGUGGGAGCUCUCUGCAGACACUUUGACUUCGACUUUGAGCAGUUCAAGGGCACCACUAAGGUUGUGAUAAAGGAGAAGGUUUUGGAAUCAUUACUGUACUUCACCAAUCACGAGGAUGAAGAAGUUAAAUGCAAAGCCAUCAUUGGGUUGGGGUUCCUGUUCAUCAUGCACCCGAGUCAGAUGUUCAUUCCAGAGGUGAAGUCUCUGUAUAACGGGCUCCUGUCGGAUAAGCGGUGCUCCAUCACGCUAAAGAUCCAGGUGUUGAAAAACCUCCAGAUGUAUCUCCAGGAGGAGGACUCUCGCAUGCAGGAGGCCGAUAGAGAGUGGCAGAAAUUGUCAAAGCAAGAGGAUCUGAAAGAGAUGGGUGACAUCUCAUCUGGUAUGAGCAGCUCCAUCAUGCAGCUCUAUUUGAAGCAGGUCCUGGAGUCUUUCUUCCACACACAGUCCAGUGUACGACACUUUGCCCUCAAUGUCAUCGCUCUGACCCUCAGCCAGGGACUCAUACACCCCGUACAGUGUGUGCCAUAUCUGAUCGCCAUGGGGACGGACCCAGAGCCCACCAUGAGGAACAAAGCAGACCAGCAGCUGGUGGAGAUUGAUAAGAAAUACACUGGAUUCAUCCAUAUGAAGGCUGUAGCAGGAAUGAAGAUGUCAUUCCAAGUGCAGCAGGCCGUCUUGGGAUCAGCGGGAUCUGUGAUCCGUGGUUUCCGUCAGGACGAGUCCCAUUCUGCUCAGUGUUCACACCUCUACAGCAUGAUCCGCACAAACAGACAACACCGGCGAGCGUUCCUCAUCUCACUGCUCAGUCUCUUCGACGACAGCUCGAAGAUUGAGGUGAACAUGCUGCUGUUCAUCGCUGAUAAUCUGGCCUACUUCCCCUAUCAGUCUCAGGAGGAGCCGCUGUUUAUCAUGCAUCAUAUAGACAUCACACUCUCUGUGUCAGGCAGCAACCUGCUGCAGACAUUUAAAGAGUCUCUCGUUAAGGUUCCGGGCAGGAAGAGCAGGAAAAGGAGACGACGACGGCGACGACGGCACCAACCGCACCAACCGCAACAGCAGCAGAACGGUUCGGAGGAGGAGAGGGGAGAGCGGAACGAGGAAAGAGAAAGGAACAGUGGAGAUGAAGAGGAUGAUUAUGAGGAGGAUGAGGAGGGGCAGCGGGUGAGGAAGCCCAAGCCCACAGAGGGCGCCAGGCAGUCGGAGUCAGAUUCUGAUUCUGACCUUGAGGAUGCUGAUGCUGUAAUGGAGCGUCUCCCUGAUGACACAACAUCUCUCCUGGACUUUGCUAGGGCAUCACAGGGCAUAUUGUUACUGCUAGUGCUCAAACAACACCUCAAGAACCUCUACGGCUUCUCGGACAGCAAAAUUCAGAAGUACUCUCCCAUAGAGUCAGCGAAGGUGUACGAUAAAGCCGUCAACAGGAAGUCAUCUGUUAACUUCAGUCCACGGCAGACCAUCGACUUCCUUCACAAUGAUGAGGUUCACGAUGAUAUGACCUAUGAGCUGAAGAGGAAGAUCGUCAAACAGUACCUCGAUUUUAAGUUGCUGAUGGAGCACCUGGACCCUGACGAAGAGGAUGAGGAGGGAGAGACGAGUGCAAACGUGAGGAAUAAAGCCAUCACCGCACUGCUGGGGGGAGCAGGCACAAGCCCCCGAAACCACCACACAGUUGACUCCGAGGAUGAGGACAGUGACGGAGAGGAGAGGACACCAGGGGCGUCUCGACGCGUGAGGCGCUCGGCAGAAUCGGCGGACCUGCUGUUGACGAACAUGAACGAGUCCGUCAGUGCGCUCGACAUCAUCGCCAUCCACUGCCCCAAAUACAAAGACCGGCCGCAGAUUGCGCGCGUGAUCCAGAGGAACAGUGACGGUUACAGAAUCCACUGGAUGGCGGGCUCGUACUCCAGCUCCUGGGCCGAGGCGAAGCGGCGCGACGGGCGCAAGCUGGUGCCUUGGGUGGACACCAUCAGAGAGACUGACAUCAUCUAUAAAAAAAUCACACUCACCAGUGGCAACAAGCUCAACCACAAAGUGGCGCAGACUCUACGGUCACUCUACACUGCCAAGGACAGGAACUCCAGCUAAUAAUACGUAAAUGCUCGCACGCACGCACAUACCUCCCAUCUCAGAUCCUCUCAGCCUAAUGCAACACUCACACACUCACCGUCUCUCCAUAUGCCAUCAGCCAAACAUCUCCUGGGUCAGCCAACCACACACAAACACGAGCGGCUAUUCUACACUACAGACUCUUUCUCUUUCUGAUGCACUCUGGGUCUGGCGGUGACAUUUGACCCUCUGCGCCAGAGUGCAUCGUCGUAUCGCAGGAAUAAAAUGUUUGGAGAAACAUUGUAUGGGUGCUCCUUCGCUGUUGUGCAGCAGAUUUCUGGUUGUUUGAUUUCUACUCCCAGUGUAUCAUAGUUUAACAUAAAAAUAUUGUUUAUAUCUAUAAAAGAAAUUUAAAUAUAUACUGAAUGUUGAAAGAAUUAGUUUGUUGAUGUUUUUACUUUAUUUCUUCCUUUUUUUCCCAAUUUCUUUUUGGAUUUCUUAGCGUCAAUCGGCUUUCUAUAGCUUAGCUCCUCCUUUACUGGCUGAUGAUGAUGAUUCUCUCUGUCGAGCUGUUUGUCCAUUUUGUACGAUAGCACCGUGUGGCUGUAAUUUAUUGUGUAUAGCAUGCAGUGUCUGUGAGGAGGGCUGUGUCGAAGGAGAUUUGCGAUUACAGGUCGCCCUGCUCAGCGUAAAGGGACCCACAUGCCUCUGAUGGAACAAAUACUGCAAUAAAUUUUCUACUUCUCUUACU